AUAUAUUACACAUUUAAUUUAGUUUUAUAUGCACCACAAGCAACCAUGAGGGGAGUCAACUUGGAAAGAAUCAAAGGGGGCAGAGAGAGUGUUUGAUAAAAUAAAGAAACCCGAUCAAACUGUUUCGGAUUCUUCACGCUUUCUCUUUGAAAUGUCCGUUUUCUAAUAUAAACCCUAACCGAUUGCACAGAAAAUCUAUUUUCCAGCGUGUUUGUAUGUUAUCUGAAGAACCCUAGGCAAUAGCAUUUCAAUCCAUAACGAAUUUCUCUACAAUUGCAAUAUUUUACCAAAGUUUUCUAGGUUUGAUUGAAGGGGUUACGAUAGAUAUAAUAGAGAGGGAAAGAAAUAGAGGAAUUCUGGUAUUUGGUGGAUGGUCUCAUGGGCGCAGCGGGGUCAAAGCUCGAGAAAGCUCUAGGAGACCAAUUUCCUGAAGGCGAACGAUAUUUCGGACUAGAAAACUUCGGUAACACUUGCUACUGUAACAGCGUCCUCCAGGCUCUAUAUUUUUGUGUUCCAUUUCGUGAACAGCUACUCGAAUAUUAUGAGAAGGUUAAAAAUCCAGAUGUAGAAGAAAAUCUCCUUACAUGUUUGGCAGAACUGUUUACACAGAUUAGCACACAAAAGAAGAAAACAGGUGUUAUUGCUCCAAAACGCUUUGUACAAAGAGUGAAGAAAGAAAACGAACUUUUCCGUGGUUACAUGCAUCAGGAUGCACAUGAAUUUUUAAACUUCUUGUUAAACGAACUAGUUGAUAUACUAGAGAAAGAAACAAAAGGUACAAAAGAACAUUCAUCACCUCCUGAAAAGAUUCCCAAUGGUAUACAUAUGCCUCAAGCCAAUGGUGUUAGAAAGGAGCCCUUGGUUACAUGGGUUCACAAAAACUUUCAGGGCAUACUCACAAAUGAAACAAAGUGUUUAAGAUGUGAGACUGUAACUGCAAGAGACGAGACAUUCUUGGAUCUGAGCCUUGAUAUUGAGCAAAACAGUUCCAUUACAAGUUGCUUAAAAAACUUCAGUUCCACCGAGACUUUAAAUGCUGAGGAUAAGUUUUUCUGCGAUAAGUGCUGCAGUUUACAGGAAGCACAAAAGAGGAUGAAGAUCAAGAAGCAGCCGCAUAUUUUAGUGAUACAUUUGAAGCGAUUCAAGUACAUGGAGCAGCUGGGAAGGUACAAGAAGCUGUCAUACCGUGUUGUGUUUCCACUUGAGCUGAAGCUAACGAACACAAUGGAAGAUGCUGACUGUGAGUACUCUUUGUUUGCGGUGGUGGUCCAUGUUGGCAGUGGGCCCAACCACGGGCAUUAUGUGAGUCUGGUGAAAAGCCAUAACCAUUGGCUGUUUUUUGAUGAUGAGAAUGUGGAGAUGAUUGAUGAGUCAGCGGUUCAGACUUCAUUUGGUUCGGCUCAGGAGUAUGCAAGCAACACUGACCAUGGAUACAUUCUGUUUUAUGAGAGCCUUGCUGGAAAUAAUAACAUCACCUCCUGCUGAAUUAAUCGAUCUUUUUUUUUUUUUU